GUAUCCAAUUGUAAAUGAAUCCAAAUAAACUUUCAUCUUGAUCACAGAGGCCUUAGUAUUUUCAGCCGGCAGACAUUUAGCAGCCAACAGAAGCAAGGAUGCCUUUAUUGAAGUACAGGAGAGGCGUGUUCACAGAACCCUGAUAUUUUGUAAAAAAAUACUAUGGUUUGGAAGUAUUUGACAUUUUUUAAAUCCUCCAAAAAGUACAUCGCCUAAUUUGCAGAUGAACAUGGGUAAACUUCAGAAAAUUGAAAAGCACUCAAAACAAGUUAUGGAGUCAAAGCACAAGCUUAAACCCAGGAAUAACUCUUUCAAACAAAAACAACCUGAUAUAAGGACAUCUUUAGUUGAGACUCUGGGUGAUGUAGUUGAAGAGAGUGAAUCAGAUCCUGAAAAAGUCCAGACGGACUCUUCUAUAUAUGAUACAUUAUUAUCAUCUCUGAAAUCAAGUUGUGGAUCUUUUGCCCAUGUCUAUGAUAAGAGGCAGAGAGAACAACAAGGCGUUAGCAGUGAGGAGGAAGAAGAAAGCGAGCCAGAGGUUGGAAGUGAUGAUAUGAGUGAUGCUGAAGUAACAGAUGUCGGUAAGAGAUUAUUAAUUUUGAGGGAAAUGGAAACAAAAGAAGCUAGUGAGAUGGAGAUCGCAGAAGCAGAAGAGGCUGAAGAUGUUAAUUAUGCAAACGAUGAAUCUGGAAGUGAUGAAGAAUGUGAUACAGAAGUUGAUGAAGAGGAAAAAGUAAAUAAUGAUGCAUCUAUGAAUAUUAGUUCUUUUAAAUCGCAUAUGGAGUACAUUUUGAGUGAAGCAGAUGUACAAAAGCUGAAGGAAGGGAAAAGAAAGUUCAAAUCAGAGCUCACUGCUUAUGGAAUGCCAAUGUGCAAAUGGAAAACUACUAAUGAUGCCUUUCCAAAGGAUGAUGACAAACUUGCAAGUUAUGGUGUGAAGAUGAGUCUACAAUCAUGGUGGCAAACCAUUUUUAAAAGGGCAGAGUGUUGCAAUUUCACUUCUGCUAUGCAAAGCCAAUUUUUUUCUCUUUGUAACAGUUAUCAAGAUAUAUUGCAUUCAAACAAAAAUGCAUUUAUGGCUGGAGGCCAAGAUGAUGAUUUGAGUGUAACAGACGCUUAUCUUUUGCAUCUUCUUAAUCAUGUUUAUAAAACAAGAGACAUAGUUACAAAAAAUAAUGCUAGAUUGAGUCAACAGUCAAAUAAUGGAGAUAAAUUGAUAAAUGCUGCUGAGCCUCCCCGAGAUCAAGGAUUUACUCGUCCAAAGGUUCUAAUUCUUGUGCCACUUCGAAGCAUUGCUCUUAGGACUGUAAAGAGGUUAAUUGAGUUGAUACCAAACUCAUGCAAAGAAUCUAUUGAAUAUAAAGAUAGGUUUAUUGAUGAAUUUGGUGCUGGUGAGGAUGAUGAAAAUGGAGAUCUAGAGGAUAUAGCAAUAUCUGAAGGCCAAAAGCAAGGGAAAUAUAAAGCAUCUUCAAAACCUGCUGAUUUUCAAGCUCUUUUUGGAGGGAAUAAUGAUGAUCAUUUUCGGUUUGGGAUUAAAUUCACUAAGAAAACUGUCAAGCUUUACAGUGAUUUCUAUUCUUCAGACAUCAUUGUUGCUUCUCCAAUUGGGUUGAUUACUAGAAUUGGAGAAGCAGAGACUGAGAAGAAUAAAGAUGUGGAUUUCUUAUCAUCAAUAGAGAUUUUAGUCAUUGACAAUGCUGAUGUCAUUUUGAUGCAGAACUGGUCUCAUAUUGUUUCUGUUGUUGACCAAUUAAAUCAAUUACCAACCAAGCAGCAUGGCACUGAUUUCAUGCGCAUCCGAGAAUGGUAUUUGAAUGGACAAGCACGCUAUUAUCGACAAACAAUUAUCCUAUCAAAUUUUGCAAAUGCAGAUAUAAAUGCAUUGUUCAAUCGUUUUUGUGUUAACUAUCAGGGAAAGGUUAAAUUAUUGUCCGUUUACAAUGGUGUUCUCCCAAAGGUGUUGCUUCAAGUACGCCAGGUUUAUGAGCGUUUCUAUUCCAAUUCAGUCUUAGAUGUUGAUGAUAAGCGAUUUGAAUUUUUCACUAAAAAGAUAUUCCCAAAAAUAAAGGAUUCGCUGCAGGGUGGUAUCAUGUUAUUUAUAAGCUCAUACUUUGACUUUGUCCGUCUUCGAAACUUCUUAAAAGAGCAAAAUGCUUCUUUUUGCUUGCUUGGCGAAUACACAAAACAGAGUGAUAUUUCACGUGGACGAACUUGGUUUUUCCAUGGGGAACGCAAGAUUAUUUUGUAUACAGAGCGUGCUCAUUUCUAUCAUAGAUAUAAGAUCCGUGGCAUACGGGAUUUGAUCUAUUAUUCGCUUCCAGAGAGGAAUGACUUUUAUGCUGAGAUAACCAAUAUGUUUGAAGGGGUCGAUAAUCCUACAUGCACUGUUCUAUUUUCACACUUCGAUAUUUUGCAACUUGAGAGGAUUGUUGGAACAUCUUCUGCACAAAAAAUGUUAAAGUCGAAGAAGCGAACAUUCAUAUUCUGCUAGAGAGAAAUCUUGAUGCAGCUUAAUCCAAGCAGUGGAGUCUUGGAUAAGCUUAUCAAUAACCUUUUAAAUCACUAUUAACAUUUUUUUCGGCAAAGAAGGCUUUAUUACAAUUGUUAUGCAGAUGAAAAUUUUGCGUCUGCUCCCAUUCUGCUUUGUAAGAACCAAUUCAGAAGUGUAGGAUAUAGCCUCGCUUAAAAUCAAUUUUCUUAUUUAAUUUUAAUAUCUAUUACAAGUCAUAACUGCUCACAUGAUCUCCACAGUUACGUUGUUUAUGUUGCUGUCCGACCAUAAUAUGAUUUUUGUAUAAUGUGUAUGGCUGUGUAGUUAAGCGCA